GUCACCCUUGGGAAGAGGCCCCAGAAACAGCAAGACCUUAGUUAGGAUGCAAUUACAAUUCCUUGGCACUCUGGCGUCCUGAGAAAAAAGAAAAAAAUCCCAGAGAUUUUUUUUUCAAAAAUAUCAAAUCAACAAAAAAUAAAGCUGGAAAAUCCAAGCAUCAUGAGUUCAGAUACGGAUGUAAACAAAAGUGCCUCUCCAACUGCGACUGCAGAGGGACAGCCAGAUGAACCUGAUGGCCCCCUUCCUGGCUCAGCCAAUAACCAAGAAAAGAAAGUAAGAUUAUCUCCAGCCAAAAUGUCAACCAAGAAUUCUACAGAUCUAGUUGAAUAUGUUGACAAGAGUCAUCCUUUUCUCCCCAUCAUUCCAAACACCCAGAGAGGUCAGCUAGAAGACAGACUGAAUAACCAGGAGCGUACCAUAGCUUUUCUCCUUGAACAAGCCUUCCGCAUCAAGGAGGAUAUCUCUGCUUGUCUGCAGGGGACCCAUGGCUUUCGAAAAGAGGAAUCACUCGCCAGGAAGUUACUGGAAAGCCACAUCCAGACCAUCACAAGCAUCGUCAAAAAACUCAGCCAAAACAUUGAGAUUUUAGAAGACCAAAUAAGAGCUCGAGAUCAGGCGGCCACAGGAACUAACUUUGCAGUACAGGAGAUAAACAUGAAACACCUACAAGGAAUUGGAGAUCUUCGAGGAAGAGUAGCCCGAUGUGAUUCAAGCAUCGUGAAGCUUUCUGGAGACAUUCACUUCUUCAGGCAAGAGUACCGGCAAAUUGAGAAAGCCAUUCAAGAAUUCAUGCCCGCCCUGGAAACUCUUUCCAAGAACUUGGACAUGAAGGUGAUACAGCUCUUAGGAAAGAUAGAGACUGCCAGUUCUGAGCAAACCUCAAAGUUAAAGAUGGUCCAGGGGGAUUAUCGCCACGAAAUGAACCUUUUGGAAUUCAAAUUUAAUUCACUUUCGAAUAAUCUGUAUGAAGAAGUUGAGAAUAAUAAAAAAUGGACAGAAAACCAAUUUCUCAAAUAUAGAAAAGACCACCUGGGCCAUAUAAAUGAAUGUCUGAAGGUCCUACAGGAGAAACUGGAAAAGUCUGAAAAUAAAAUGGAAGAAAAACUGCUGCAGCUGUCAAGCAAAGUAGAGAAUUUCAUUAACACAGAGAAACAGGAAGCACAACUAAGUAAAGUAAAGCACAUGGAAAAUAAAUUGUCCAAAAAGAUGGAACAAAUGGAAAAGCAGAUCUGGGGUGAAUUAGAGACAAUGCAGAAUGAAUAUCAAUCAGGAUUUAAAUCAAUUCAUGACUCUCUCAGCUCCCUCCAACAAAUACAGAAAACAAAGAUGGAUUUAGAGAAAUGUAAAGUACAGAAAGACCUGAAGAAAUUACAGCGUAAGAUAGUGGAACUCCAGGAAGUAUAAACCUUUUCAGUCAUCUUCUUUUUCACCAGCCAAUGAAGUGAUUUGUUGGGAAAAGUUCUGAAGAAGAAAGUUACUAUCUCUGGGAUGUUUACUGCUUCGAAUGUCUCCUUUUAAGGAGAUGAAUGUACCAGAAAAAUAAUAAAGCACAGAAGCUU